AUGGGUCACUGCUCUAUACCAGAGAUGUUGGAGAAAACGCUACAAAUAAUCUGUGGAAAGGCUCAAGACGAGCCCAAAGAAAAGAAUAAGAUUGAGGUUACCAAGAUCAAAGGGACAAUAAAGUUGAUGAAGAAGAAUGUCUUGGACUUGAAUGAUGCGGGUGCCUCGUUUCUUGACCGGGUGUAUGAGCUCUUUGGCAAACGUGUCUCACUUCAGCUCAUCAGCGCCGUUCAUGGCGACCCAGCAAAAGGAUUAAAAGGGGAGCUUGGAAAAGCAGCAUUCCUGGAGAACUGGGUUUCAACACUCACUUCUGUAUCGGCCAAAGACGCUACAUUCAACAUCUUAUUUGAGUGGGAUGAAUCCAUGGGUGUUCCUGGGGCUUUCAUCAUAAAAAAUUUCCAUCACAGUCAGUUUUACCUUAAGACAGUAACCCUAGAAGACGUUCCCCGACAUGGUCAAAUCCACUUCAUUUGUAAUUCUUGGGUUUACCCACAACAUCGUUACAAAUACAAUCGUGUCUUCUUUGCAAACAAGACCUACCUGCCAUGUAACACUCCAGAACCACUACGCCUUUAUAGAGAAGAAGAACUCAUUAAUCUUCGUGGAAAUGGAUCGGGAAAGCUCAAUGAGUGGGACAGAGUCUAUGACUAUGCAUACUACAAUGAUUUGGGAAGUCCAGACAAAGGCAAAGAGUAUGAACGUCCUGUGCUUGGUGGAUCAGAGAAGUUUCCAUACCCCCGAAGAGGAAGAACAGGUCGUGCACCCACAAAAAAAGAUCCUAACAGUGAAAGCAGAUUGCCACUUCUUAAUCUAGACAUAUACGUUCCACGGGAUGAACGAUUCAAUAACGUAAAGUUUUCAGAUUUCCUUGCUUAUGCUUUCAAAUCUAUAGGUCAGGUAUUGGUCUCAGAGAUCAGUUCACUUGACACAAGUCCUAACGAGUUUAACGAUUUCCAAGCGGUACUAAAGCUCUAUGAAGGUGGGUUAAGCUACCAAAUGGGCAGACACUAA